AUGCUUUUUUCCAUUGCCCCGGCUCUCAUUCUCUCCGCUCUGGCUUUCCCUACUCUACGGAGGCGGCCUGGCGUCCCAGCCCACAUGAAUGAGGAAGAGGCUAAGGCAGCGUACAACUCUAGCUCCCUCCAUAUCCGUCAGCAGAGUUUGUGCCAGAGCAUCACUCUGGAUCAGCUGAACGCGAUGGGCGAUGCCCUUCAGGACGCCAAGGCAAGUAACUAUGCGACGGCCAACUGGGGUGGUGAUUGGGACACUAUAGCAGUGAAUCCCCCUGAAGUUUGUGUAUUCAUCCGUACCGCUGGAACCGCUUCAUGUUACCCGGAUCCGAUGACGUUUACCGCGAACUGGAGCUCAGAUCCUACGUGCUCGCGCUCAAGCACCAAGUUCACUGGAUACAUUGGUGCCUCGACCACAGUUGAGACUUCAACUCAGCUCGGUAGCUCGACCCAGUUCACUGCUGGGGUUACGAUCGGAAUUCCAGAAACCGCAGAUUUCUCUUUCUCAGUUUCCGGUAGGCGGCUUUAUACAUUCACAAUGUACCCCGCGAAAAUUAUUCUCAAUUCACCAGAAACUGUUUCUGUCGAUCUCACCAACACCAAGGGUUCCACUACUCAGACCACGAAUGAUGCUCGAACCACAGUUCAAGACACUGUCACUUGCGAUGGCCCAGCCAAUGUUGAAGUGGAUGUCGAUAUGCAAACCUGCACGGCUCAAGGCAAUGUCGACUUCCCCGUCACGCUGGGUGGCUGGGUGUGGUUCUACUACGGAUCUAGAAGGAGCGGUCAUUACAAGUGUUCGUACCUGCUUCGACCACCCGCAAUGACUUACUGA